AUGGCCAGCUUUCCCUUAUGGGCAACUUUUGGAUUAUGUUUGCUGAAGCUUUGCCUAACAGAAACACACUUCAAUGUAAGUUGCAGAUAUGGAGGAGUUUUUCAUGUGGAGAAAAAUGGUCGCUACAGUCUCACACGAAAUGAAGCAGUCGAACUCUGCAAAGCUCUCAAUAGUACCUUGUCAACACUAGAGCAGUUGAAGAAAGCUCAUGAACUUGGAUUUGAAACUUGCAGGUAUGGUUUUGUAGUGGGGAAUAUUGUUAUCCCACGAAUCAAUCCCUAUCCUCUCUGUGCAGCAAAUCAUACUGGCAUUUACAAACUUUCAGCAAACACAACUGCUCGGUAUGAUGCGUACUGUUACAAUGCAACAGAAACAAGAGACAGAGCGUGUGAGCCAAUUGAAGGACUAGAUACUUCUUUCCUCAGUAAUCCGAGUGAAACAGUCAUUGACAAUGCAGAUCGCACGCGUCAUAGUGGAGAGUCCUCAACCUCAGGUGCAGAUGAUGAAAGUGUAGGUAGUGGAUCAACACAUGACACAACUCCCAUGGACGCCUCCAUCAGGAGAUCCAGCCCCUCGUAUUAUGGAAGUGCUACUCCACUCUCACAGCUGCCAGAUCAUUCUUCUGGAGGGGGUGAAAAACAAUUUCCUGGAAAAGAUUCUGAUGAUGAAGUUUCUCCUGCAUCACCUGACAUCUCUUCUGUGACGGCAACUGAUGAUUACCCUGGAAAAGAUGUUGGAGAGUAUCCCGCGAGUACUAGAUCUACCUCCAGUACACAUGGUGAUCAAGGACCACACAAGGGACAUUAUGAAUCCACUACUUUCCCUGGAGAGACCACAACAACAAAAAUAGUUUCACAAAGAAGGUCGGCCCUGGUGCCAGAAUGGCUGAUCGUAGUUGCCGCUCUGGUGGCACUCGCGUUGAUUCUUGCAGUGUGCGUUGCUGUGAACAGUCGGAGAAGGUGUGGGCAGAAGAAAAAGCUAGUCAUUAACAAUGGCAAAGGGGCAGUGGAAGACAGGAAGACAAGUGGGUUAAACGGAGAUGCCAGCAAAUCACAAGAAAUGGUGCACUUGGUUCAUAAAGAACAGUCAAAUGACCGAACAGGAGCAUGUGACGAAUUCCUGACCGUUAAUGAAACACAAAAUCAUCAGGAGCUUGACAUGAAGAGUGGAGUGUAACGGUACCAAAUUGCCAAGUAGAUCAGAGCUGGGGAAAUCAAAAUCACAUGGAACUUGGACAGGAAUUCACAGAUGCACUGUGCUACUGAUGUCUUUUGAACAUAAUUAAGCAUAAGUCUUACUCAAUUUUCAUCACUUCAAAAUUAUGUCUGAGUUACAAAAUUGACAUUUUCUUUCUGAAAUAAGCCCCUAAGAGUUGCAUAAUGUUUUCAGUUCCCGGUUCCUACACAGAGGACACUCACCGUGU